GUUAGCAGAUGUAAACACACCUAGGAUACUGAACGCGUAAUGUUCUCUGUUCAAAUAAAUGUACUAGUUCUACAAGACUUUAGGUGACAUUUAAUAAUUCCAAUAUCAGCUAUUCUAUUUUAAAAGAUGGUGUCGCGUCGACAAAAGAGAUUAUGGAGGUAUGUGGAGGAAGGACGCCUUUUAAAGUUGAAGUCCUACCUUCGGAAACAUUCUGACCUCACGCCCAACUUUUCACAAGGUAAAAGGAUGAGGACUCCUCUCCAUCUAGUAUGUUGUGAUGGGGAUGAUGCCAUUCUCAGGCUCUUGUUGAAGCAUGGAGCUGAUCCCCUCCAGAAAGACAAAAAUGGAAACACUGCCCUACAUGCGGCCGUCAAAAGAGCUCUAAAGCACGGGAAAAGAGCGUAUGAUGACUUGGUUGUCCCCCUCCGCGAAAACUGCCCCGACGCAUUGGAUGUACCUAAUAAAACUGGCGUAACUCCUCGGGAUAUGCUUGAAUGGGUGAAGUUUGGUACGAAAGCACAGAAAGGAGGGCCAUCUCAACCUGAGAGGAAUGCAGAAAGAGAAUGGAAGGAGAAACUGAUGGGGGAAUGCCAUGAUGAGUUCAGUGAGAUGUUUGGCAGAUAUGACGCUCCAGAUGAUUUCCAGGCUAAUGACAAGGACGAAGAGGACACCGAGGAGGACUUCAUGGACUGGGCAGACCGCAUCCGCCUGGAGUACAUAGCACAGCAGCGGGCCCGUGCCCAGCGGGCGGCCGCGGGGAUGGUUGGCCGGAAGAGGAGACAGGGUCCGACGGAAGAGGAGCAACGCAGCCACAAGGAGCAUCUGGAGCGCCUGCAGAGGGAGCACCAGGAGUACCUGGAGCGGGCGGCGCGCAAGCAGGAGGAGACGCGGCUGGGCAAGAAGAAGCGCUACGACGAGCGCUGCGAGCGCACCUUCGGCUCGGCCGGCGCCUCGCAGAAGCGCCUGAGCUACUCGGACGUCCCCUGGCCGGCCCCGCACGGCUCCGUGCCGGAGAUGCUGGAGGUCAUGCUGCACGGCGUCGACCGGGCCGACGUGCCGGCCUUCCGGAAGCUUCUGAAGAGACAGCAGACCAUCUGGCACCCGGACAGGUUCGCCCAGCGCUGCGGCGAGCGCCUGGAGGAGGCGGACAAGCAGAAGAUUCUGGACACGGUCACGGCCCUCUCGCAGGAACUCAACCGGCUGGCCCAGAGCCUCAGGUGACCGUCGCCGAGGAGAGGACGCAUGGAACUGUCCACACCCACAAGGCUACUGCACGUUUUGUCCAGGCUGAAGGAAGCCUAAAUGUGCAGAGUUAGAGCAAAAGCUGAAAUGGGUCAUUUAUCAUCCACAGUUUAGUCAGAGUUUCAACAGUUUGAGUGAUGGUGCAAUGCAUCUACAAGCAUCAGAGUCAAGAACAGAGGGAGACCAUUUGUAUCAAAUGCUCUCGCACAGUUGACGCAUAUGUGGCGAAACCAUCUCUUUUUUUCAGGGCAUAAUUUCUAAAUAAACCUAAGAAUAUGUUUAUAAUGUUUAUGCUGGUCAAUAUUGUUUCUUAUCGAAGGUCUUAUGCUUAUCUUGAAUAUUGCCCAAUUAAAAGGCAACGUUACA